CCUCCCCCGGAAGUGCGUCGCAAGGUCACCAGCCAAACAGGUCACUCGCAUCGCUACCAAGAUGGCGGCCUCCUUGUGUCAGUGUUACCAGGUGUGUGUCAGACGAGGUUGUGUCCUGUUAUCCCCUCGUCACUAUGUGUCAUUAUAUGACAGAGCAACUGUGUACAGGAUAUGUGGACCUGCCGUCACUACAGCACAGACGAGGUUUAUGUCUGGCGGUGGCGGUAGGAAAGGCUUCUUGGGAGAGUUUCUGGACAACUUGAAGCAAGAACUGAACAAGAACAAAGAGAUGAAGGAUAACAUCAAGAAGUUUCGCGAAGAGGCCAGAAAGCUGGAGGAAUCGGAUGCCCUCAAGCAAGCCAGAAGGAAAUACCAAACCAUCGAGUCAGAAACAGUCAAAACUUCUGAAGUGUUAAAGAAAACGCUCGGUUCAAUAUCAGAUACAGUAAAGGAGGGUCUGGAAGAGGUGGGUCGCACGGACAUCGGGAAAAAAAUUAAAGAAGGAAUGGAGGAAGCUGCCAAAACGGCGAAACACUCUGCGGAGACCGUGUCUAAAAGCGGAGAGAAAAUCGGGAAGACGGGAGCUUUUCGGGCAAUCUCACAGGGCGUCGAGAGCGUCAAAAAGGAGAUCGGUGACUUCAGUCAGAGCGGCCCGUACCGACCGCCCAGCAGGCUGAGGAAGAGGAGUGACUUCUCAUCGAAGGCGGGCAGCGGGGAAGACAAAGUCUUCGAAGCAAACGAAGAGGCGAUGGGUGUCGUGCUACACAAGGAUUCAAAGUGGUAUCAGCAAUGGAAAGACUUCAAAGACAACAAUGUGGUUUUUAACAGAUUCUUUGAGAUGAAGAUGAAGUAUGACGAGAGUGACAACGCCUUAAUACGGGCUUCCCGUGCCGUCACAGACAAAAUGACAGACAUCAUCGGUGGGCUGUUUUCUAAAACGGAGAUGUCCGAGGUCCUGACUGAGAUUUUGAAGGUGGAUCCGAAUUUCGACAAGGACUCUUUCCUGCAGCAAUGCGAAAAGGACAUCAUUCCCAAUGUCUUAGAGGCCAUGAUCCAAGGAGAACUGGAUGUCCUGAAAGAUUGGUGCUAUGAGGCUACGUACAGUCAGCUCGCUCAUCCCAUCCAGCAGGCCAAAGCCAUGGGUCUCCAGUUUCACUCCAAGAUUCUGGACAUUGAUAAUAUCGAUUUGGCGAUGGGUAAAAUGAUGGAACAAGGUCCCGUUCUCAUCAUCACGUUCCAGGCUCAACUAGUGAUGGUCAUUCGCAACGUGAAGGGUGAGGUCGUGGAGGGAGAUCCGGAGAAGGUUCUCAGGAUGAUGUACGUUUGGGCGUUGUGUCGAGAUCAGGAUGAGUUAAACCCUAACGCCGCCUGGAGACUAUUAGACAUCUCUGCUUCCAGCACAGAGCAGAUCCUUUGAGAAAAGGCAAUGAAGACUCCGGGACAUGAGGGAGGGAGGGGUUGAGGGCGUGACUCUGCUAAUGGGCGUGGUCACACAUCAUCUUGUUUUGCAUCACCCGGCCCCUUGCAGGAACCACGACUGGACCUCAGUGUGGUUCAGGGGGAGACACACCGGGCGACGUUUAGGACGACGUGGUGACGUGGCCGCAGGGUCGGGUGCUCACCAUUGGACCCCUUCAGUCACGCUAAGAGACUUAGAGACUCAUUUUUGUUUGUGUUUCGUCUGUCUAACUGUUCAGAAUGAACUAUGUAAUGUCAAUUGGAUAUCAGGUGUCAGUUGAAUAGUU